GUGAUGCAAAUGAGAAUAAUGGGGUUGUUGUGUUCUCUUGCUUUGUCCAUACAGUUUCUUCUCCUUUUCGCAUCCUCCCUGUUCCCAAACUGUUUAACCAUGAAUCAUUCAACUGCUACUCAUCAUCAUGAGUGCCAUCAACAUGAAAGCAAUGCCUUGCUGAGCUUUAAAAAAACCUUCAUCAUAAGUAAGUCUGCUUCUUACAAUCCUUUGAGUUAUCCUAAAACUCUUUAUUGGGUUCCUGCCACAGAUUGCUGCUCCUGGGAUGGCAUUGAAUGCAAUGAGCUCACAGGUCAUGUGAUCGGCAUUGAUCUUGGUAGCAGCCAACUCUAUGGUUUCAUGGAUCCCAAUAGCACCCUUUUCUCACUUGUGCACCUUCAAAGCCUUGAUCUUUCAGACAAUGACUUCAAUCACUCUCAAAUUCCUGCCAAGAUAGCUGGUAAUGUGUUGGAAGGACAGAUCGAGCUUGAAAUGCUUUCAAAGCUCAAAAAGCUUACUGCACUUGGUUUAGGCGGAGGCAACAAAUUGUCUUUUCUUGAAGGGAAGAACACUUCCAUUGUAACAUUUCCUUCUCAAAUUCAAUAUUUGGAUUUAAGUUCAUGCAACUUAGUUCAUUUUCCCAAUUUCAUACAACACUUGCAAGAGUUGACUGAUCUUUUCAUAUCAGACAAUAGGAUAAAGACAAUACCGAGUUGGAUGUGGAAUAAAACAACUCUUCAGGCUUUGGAUAUUUCCAGCAACCUAUUGAUGGGAGAAAUACCCCCCUCCAUAUGUAAUCUACAAUCACUUGGGUAUCUUGAUUUAUCUUCCAACAAUUUAGUUGGCAGGAUUCCAUCAUGUUUAGGAAGCUUUAGCCGAUCUCUUCACAUUUUGAAACUCGCGGGAAACAAAUUGAUAGGUAAUAUUCCUCAAAAUUAUGCGAAAGAAAAUGCACUUCAGUUGAUUGAUUUUAGCUCAAACAAGUUGUGUGGUCAAUUACCAAGAUCAUUUGUCAAUUGCAGAAUGCUAGAGCUUCUUGACGUAAGUCAUAACCAUUUCAAUGAUUCAUUUCCUUUUUGGUUGGGAUCUCUCCCUAAUUUGAAGGUUAUUUUUUUGCGUGAUAAUAAAUUUCACGGAGCUAUAAAGUGUCCAUUAAGAUUCACAUUUCCUCAGCUUCGUAUCAUUGAUCUUUCUCAAAAUGAUUUUUCUGGAGAAUUGUCAUCAGAAAUAAUCAAGAAUUUCAAAUCGAUGACACUUUCCAACACAAGCCACCAAGUACAUUUCAAGGACGACGUUUAUCACUUGCAACAAUCUGUGAUUGAUCUUGGUAAUUUUGUAUUUUCAAUGACUAACAAAGGGAGGGUCAUGGAUUAUCUUGGGAGCCAAUACUUUCAUUUCUUGGUAGCCAUUGAUCUUUCAUGUAACAAAAUUUAUGGUAAGAUUCCCGAUGUUAUGGGAAGUCUUAGUAGCCUUGUUGUGCUUAAUUUGUCAAAUAACAUGUUUACUGGCAGCAUCCCAUCUUCCUUGGGAAAGCUUUCAAAUCUUGAAGCGUUGGACCUUUCUGCCAAUAGCCUGUCAGGGGAAAUCCCCCAACAACUCACAGAGUUAACAUUUUUGGAAUUCUUCAAUGUGUCUUUCAACAAUCUCUCAGGUCCAAUACCAGAAAAUGGGCAACUUUCCACUUUUCAAGAUAAUUCAUUUGAGGGAAACAAUGAUUUAUGCGGGUUUCAAUUGCUGAACAAAUGUGAAGAUCGUUCUAAGCUUCCACUACCACCAACACUUGAUGGUGAUCAAGACUCUGAUUCAGGAUCUUUCUUUGAAUUUAAUUGGAUGGUAAUUCUAAUUGGAUAUGCGGGUGGCCUUGUUGCUGGGUUAGCACUGGGAAAUGCUUUUGCUGGAGAUGUUUAUAGGUUGCUGAAGAGGAUCUUUUAAGUCACAAGUCUAGAUGUUGGUUUUUUCAUGUGUGUAAUCUUAGACUAUUUUCAUUUUUGUGUUUGCAUUUGAAGUUAUUGUGUUCCUUAUAUGUAAGAGUCUGCUAUGUGUAUACCCAAAUAAAAGUAGGCAAGUGAAAAAGACAAAUGUAGUCUGUUAUAUAUCUAUUUUGUUUUGCUAUUUUUGAUAUAAGAA